GGACAGGCCUGGGCGGAGCGGGAGGCGGAGGCGCCGCGUAGGCCCGGGAGGCCGGGCCGGCCGGGCUGCGAGCCCCUGCCCCAUGCGCCGCCGCCUCUCCGCACGAUGUUCCCUUCGCGGAGGAAAGCGGCGCAGCUUCCCUGGGAGGACGGCAGGUCCAGGUUGCUCUCCGGCGGCCUCCCUCGGAAAUGUUCCGUCUUCCACCUCUUCGUGGCCUGUCUCUCACUGGGCUUCUUCUCCCUACUCUGGCUGCAGCUCAGCUGCUCUGGUGACGUGGCCCGGGCAGUCAGGGGACAAGGGCAGGAGACCUCGGGCCCUACCCGGGCCUGCCCCCCAGAGCCGCCCCCUGAGCACUGGGAAGAAGAUGCAUCCUGGGGCCCCCACCGCCUGGCAGUGCUGGUGCCCUUCCGCGAACGCUUUGAGGAGCUCUUGGUCUUUGCGCCGCACAUGCACCGCUUCCUGAGCAGGAAGAAGAUCCACCACCACAUCUACGUGCUCAACCAGGUGGACCACUUCAGGUUCAACCGGGCGGCGCUCAUCAACGUGGGCUUCCUGGAGAGCAGCAACAGCACGGACUACAUUGCCAUGCACGAUGUUGACCUGCUCCCUCUCAACGAGGAGCUGGACUAUGGCUUUCCUGAGGCUGGGCCCUUCCACGUGGCCUCCCCGGAGCUCCACCCUCUCUACCACUACAAGACCUAUGUUGGCGGCAUCCUGCUGCUCUCCAAGCAGCACUACCAGCUGUGCAAUGGGAUGUCCAACCGCUUCUGGGGCUGGGGCCGCGAGGACGACGAGUUCUACCGGCGCAUUAAAGGAGCUGGGCUCCAGCUUUUCCGCCCCUCGGGAAUCACAACUGGGUACAAGACAUUUCGCCACCUACAUGACCCAGCCUGGCGGAAGAGGGACCAGAAGCGCAUCGCGGCUCAAAAACAGGAGCAGUUCAAGGUGGACAGGGAGGGAGGCCUGAACACUGUGAAGUACCAUGUGGCUUCCCGCACUGCCCUGUCUGUGGCUGGGGCCCCCUGCACUGUCCUCAACAUCAUGUUGGACUGUGACAAGACCGCCACACCCUGGUGCACAUUCAGCUGAGUUGGAUGGACAGUGAGGAAGCCUGUACCUACAGGCCACAUUGCUCAGGCUCAGGACAAGGCCUCAGGUCGCGGGCCAGCUCUGACAGGAUGUGGAGUGGCCAGGACCAAGACAGCAAGCUACGCAAUUGCAGCCACCCGGCUGCCAAGGCAGGCUUGGGCUGGGCCAGGACACGUGGGGUGCCUGGGUUGCUGCUUGCCAUGCACAGUGAUCAGAGAGAGGCUGGGGUGUGUCCUGUCUGGGAUCCCCCCUGCCUUCCUGCUCACCCUACUCUGACCUCCUUCACGUGCCAAGGCCUGUGGGCAGUGGGGAGGGCUGAACAGGACAACCUCUCAUCAACCCCACUUUUGUUCCUUCCUGCUGGGCUGCCUCGUGCAGAGACACAGCGUAGAGGCCAUGCAGCUGGCGUAGGUGGCAGUUGGGCCUGGGAGGGUUAGAACUUCAGAAACCAGAGCACAAGCCCCACAGAGGGGAACAGCCAGCACCGCUCUAGCUGGUUGUUGCUGUGCCGCAAUGUGGGCCUAGUAUGGCCAGAUCUUCUGAUUUUUCGAAAGAAACUAGAAUGCUGGAUUCUUAAGUGGUAUCUUCUGAUUUUUUAAAUGAUAGCACCUAAAUGAAACUUUAAAAAAGUAUGGCAGGCCAGA